CGCGCCGCGACGCCCACCUUUGCACCACGCAGCACCACCCCCCCCUGACCACACGCCAGAAUGGGUCGCGAACUCCAGAAGAAGAAGAACAAGUCCUCCAUCCCCAAGCUGCGCCAUAAGCAGCCGUCCAAGAAGAAGAUUCUGCAGAACCCCAUCAUCGCAGCCAACUGGAACCAGAAGGAAACGCUGUCCCAGAACUACGCUCGCCUUGGCCUUACCGCACGCCUCAACCAUGCGACAGGUGGUGUCGAAAAGACGAUCAAGACCCUUGGCCUCAACGAUGGCAAAUCUUCCCGCGCCGACGCCGCAGCCGGCAGCACCGCAGACAAUCUCAACAUCGUCAGCUCGAAACCUCAGAUCGAAGAAGUCGAAGAAAUCGAGGUGGAGCGCGACCCCGAAACCGGCGCUAUCUUGCGCAUCGUAGGCGAGACCAAGGCCAAGGAGAACCCGCUCAAUGAUCCAUUGGCCGAAGUACUGGGAGACGACGACGAGAUGGAGUGGAACGGCUUUGCCAUGGUGCCAACAGAGCGGAGUGACAACCCUGUCAUCAGGCAGCUCGAAGACGCAGCCCGGAACGGCGCGCGGAAGGCACCCAGGAGCCAGAGCCAGCGUGAGGUGGAGUGGCUAGAGCGCUUAGUGGCCAAGUACGGAGACGACUAUGGCAGGAUGAGUCGGGAUGUGAAGCUCAAUCCGAUGCAACAGACCGCGUCCGACAUCAAAAAGCGCGUAACAAAGAUGAAUGAAAACAAGGGCAAAGACCGCAAGGUCUGGACAUGAGACCUGAGGUGGAGAUAACUUUCGUACAUGGUUUUUCGAGCAUCUUGGAGUAAUGGAACUUGGUUGGCAAACUGCGCCAGAACGAACAGUGGUGCAAACCCAGAGAAAACGAGAGGGCAGAGCAGAAGCAGAAGAAGAAGACGAAGAAGGAAAUACGCCUGGGUACUCUCAGGUUCGGCGACACUGUUUUCGCUAGCCAUUCUCAUAGUCGAGAAGGGAAAAGGACAGCGACUGCACCGACUAACGAUGCGGCGUCAAACUUCACGUCGUAAUAGAUCAGGGACAAACUUAUCCGCCAUGGCCUUUUCGUCCCCUACCCUCGACUUCCGCAUUUUUUAGUCAUGGUAGUUGACUACAAUCGCGAAGCUGCCUCGAAUGGGAGGAUGCUAGCUACGUAAACCCAAUUUAGUACCUUCCUAAAUAAGCGCUUCGAGCAAUCAACGAGCUACAUUUGGUGC